AUGGUUCCUCGACCCUACUUCGAUGCUCAAGGUCGCGUUCUACCAUUCGACCAGGUAAUGCAAUUAGAAAUAAUCGACGAUCGAACAUUUCGCUCUACAACCAAGGCCUAUUCGCCAACUGGAGGAGAAAAUGGGACGUACGGCGGUCAUGUGUAUGCACAAGCUGCUUGGGCAGCUGCACAGACCGUGGACGAAGGGUACCUGAUCCAUGACAUCACCGGUUGGUUCACACUUGGUGGCCGGCCCACGGAGUACUUCGUCUAUACAGUCCACAAGAUUCGUGACGGAUACAACUACUGCACGCGAACUGUGACCGUCACUCAAGCCGCGGAGAAGGGCACCAUGUUCACGUGCACCUGCUCCUUCAAACGAGAUGAAGGCUCGCCUACCGACUUCCAACACAGAGUGGAUUUGAAGGGGCACUAUCGUGUUGUGCUGGAAGGAAAGGAAGACGAGCCAAUGGAACACCCUGUGGCGCCGAGCAAUGAUUCCGUAUACUUUCGCGAGACGUAUCUGCCACAACAUCCAGAACACUUCAAUCCUAUAGCAGGCCUACAUCUGCGAAAAGUCGACAUGAAGAGGUACAACGACGUGCGGAUGCCGCUAGAUCGAAGGCAGCUAAUAUUCUAUACGCUGCGUGGAUCGCUUCCGCUGCCAACCGCGCCAUAUCCACCCAUCUCAGCCACGUUCUCCGUUACGAGGGAAGCGAAUCUUCAUGCAUGUGCACACCUCUACGCAUCAGAUCGCAACUCCCUCUUCAUCAUUCCGAACCAUCUCUCCCUGGGCAGAGAGUUCACUAGAAUGGCCUCGCUCUCUCACACUGUCAUCUUCCACGUUGGUAUAAAAGACCUCGUCAUGCCAGCAGAGCCUCGCACAAAUCAUCCAAACGCUGAUCCAACUCUGUUCGACGAAGGGUCGCUACCACUUUGUAAUCUCGAACCCUAUGGUAGAGGGGAUAAAGAUGGCCGCAAAUGGUUUGUGCAAGAAUCUUGGACUACGCGGGCAGCUGGCGGACGAGGACUACAUAUGAGUCGUAUGUGGGAUUAUGGAAGUGGCACGCAUAUCGCGACUACGAUCCAGGAUGGCUUGAUUCGAUUCAAGCCGGGGACGAAGUUGUAG